CUUCAGCAAUCAAGAAACUCUCACUCUCGCUUCCUUGAAACCCACCCCCCCUAGGUGGAGCGUCAUCGACUUCCUCCGCACACCACAAAACCUUAACUAUCUACCUGCUUUAACUUCGCCUCUUUCCUUGGUCUUCUUUCUGGUGUUCUUCAAAUUGAAGGAGAAACUAAUGGAAAACCUUAACGGGGUGCUGGUCUCUUCCUCCCCAAAGUUGUUAUUAGGAUAUGGUUGUAAUCAUAGUAAUUAUCCAAUUAAAAACCGUUCUAAAGAAAUCCCUAAAACCCUAAAUUAUUCCCCACUUCGUCUUCCUUUCGCUCUAAGAAGUUCGAGGGUUUGCCGUCGGAACUCCACGAUUUCCGUCUCUGCGCUUUCUCAUUCUCGCUAUUCCCGCCCUGCAGUGACUAGCCACACUGGGAAGUCUGGAGGGGAUCGUUUCGGCAGUAUUUCUUCUUCAACUGAUCAACAGACAUCUUCAGUUGGUGUUAACCCAAACCUAACAGUGCCACCACCCGCAUCAAGCGUAGGGUCACCACUAUUUUGGAUUGGAGUUGGUGUUGGGCUCUCAGCUGUAUUUUCAUGGGCGGCAUCAAGCUUAAAGAAAUAUGCAAUGCAACAAGCAAUGAAAACUAUGAUGAGCCAGAUGAAUACACAGAAUAACCAGUUCAGUAAUGUACCUUUUCCACCAGGGUCACCUUUUCCAUAUCCAAAACCUCCAACAACAGGACCUACUACCUCACCUGCUUCUCAACCUACAGUUACUGUAGAUGUAGCUGCGACAAAAGUAGAAGCAGCUCCAACUACUGAUGCGAAAGAGGAAUCAGAAACUGAGACCAAGCAGAAGAAAUAUGCUUUUGUAGAUGUUUCCCCUGAAGAGACCACACAAAAAAGUCCAUUUGCUAGCUUUGAAGAUGUCCCUGAGAUAAGUUCAUCGAAAAAUUCUCAGUUUCCCAAAGAAGUUUCUCAAAAUGGAGCUGCUUCUAAGCAAGCUGUAGAUUCUUCUGAAGGUUCACAGUCUUUCCCAAAAAUAGGUCCUGGCUUAACAGUGGAUGCUUUGGAGAAAAUGAUGGAAGAUCCUACAGUGCAGAAGAUGGUUUAUCCGUAUUUACCUGAGGAGAUGAGAAACCCAACAACCUUCAAAUGGAUGCUACAAAAUCCACAGUACCGUCAGCAACUACAGGACAUGCUGAAUAAUAUGAGCGGAAGUGGUGAAUGGAAUAACAAUAUGAUGGAGACCUUGAAAGGUUUUGACCUUAAUAGUCCUGAAGUCAAGCAGCAAUUUGAUCAGAUUGGGCUUACACCUGAAGAAGUUAUCUCCAAAAUUAUGGCCAAUCCUGAAGUUGCCAUGGCAUUUCAAAACCCUAAGAUUCAAGCAGCCAUCAUGGAUUGUUCGCAGAACCCAUUGAGUAUUGCUAAGUAUCAAAAUGACAAGGAGGUUAUGGAUGUCUUCAACAAGAUAUCAGAACUCUUCCCUGGAGUCACAGGUUACCCUUGAUUCUGAUUGUUUGUUAACCAUUCCUUCCUUUGGGCUGUUACAUUCUCCUUUCUAUCAAACAAUCAGGUGAGAAAUAGAUAAACAAGAUUGAUGGUACUUCUGUCUUGCGCAUGGUGAAUAUUCACAGUGCCUCUCGGGUUAGUCUGAAUCUAGUGGCUUGAGUCCCAACACUAUGACCGGAUUCGCUUUGUCCUGUAUUCUAAUGGUUAUUACCCCAUGAUUUUUGCUUAGUUUUGAUAAACAGUUGCAGUAGGUAAAUGCCUUGUUUUAGUUUUCAGAAAUAAUCUUUUAUGUAACUGUACAGAAUCUGUGGUGCAUCUCUCUCUCUCUCUCUCUCUCUCUCUCUCUCUUUUCUCUUUCUCUCAUGUGGUAUGAUGGCUGACAUUGUUGCUGCCAUAGAUUGAAAACCUUAAAAAGUUCUGCACUUGUAAUCUUA